AUACUUCUCCAUAUUCCACUAUAUACAAUGUAUGGUCUACUGUUUACUGGCGCCACGUCACCUCAUUGGUUGGGCAUCUCCAUAGGAAUACUGAUGGCUCUAUUUCCUUUGACAAGUCCGCUGAUAAGUCUGGCUUUUAUAAACGAUUAUCGGAAGUUUAUUCUUACGCUAUUCACAAUGAACUGCAGAAAAGUUGGAAUAUCAUCUUCAAGCCCAACAACGCGAGUUAUUAGAGUGAAAUCCAUUCCUACGGAGAAAUAG